AUGGCCAUUACGCCCACGCCGACGCUGAAAGCACCAAUAUAUCCGUCCAUGACAGGCAUCGAGGCCCAACUCUUCCGGCAUUAUACCCAGACAGUAGCCGCUUGCCUUGAUGGCGGCGACCCCAUGAAGCGCUUUGAGGUCAUCGUGCCCGAGCGGGCGCUCACCUGCACCGCGCUUCUCAAGGCCAUCUUUGCCAUCGCGGCGCGCCACCUGUGCGAGACGACGCACCACGACCCCCUGCUCGCGACGCGGUACCACCAGGAGUCGAUACGGCAGCUCGUGCCCAUGAUGAACCGCGUCACGGACAUGGACUCGGAGGAGAAUAUCUUUGCGACGUCCAUCAUCCUGAGGAUGUUGGAGGAGAUGAGUGGCGACGACAGCAACGACGACUACCUCCGCGGCAUCCACCGGACACUCAAGGUGCGCGACCUGCGCAAAGUGCGCGGCAGCCUGGGCGCCGCGUCGUACUGGGUCGGCGUGCGCCAGGAGAUCUACAGCGCCGUCAUGUCGCAGUCCCCCGUCAAGGCGGACCUCGAGCAGGCGGACCGCGGCUUCGAGCCCGCCGACGACUUCACCUGGUCCACGCGCGCCGUCGUCCUGCUGGCCGACGUGCUCAACUUCUGCUUUGGCGGCGGUGGUGGUCCCGGCUUGGCGGCGGGGGCCAAUGUGGUGGUGGUCGAGCGGACGUGGGCAGAGCUGUACGAGCGGUGCAUGAUGUGGGAGGACACACGGCCUGCUUCGUUCGAGCCGUACUUCGCCAAAGACGAGGUCGCCGAGGGCGCGGGGGCGGAGGAUGGUGGCGUUGGGAGGUUUCCGGAGAAGUGGUUCUAUUCGAGCUGCCACAUCAUUGGCAUCCAAAAUCACACCCUGGCAAGGUUAUUCCUGCUGAGGUUCGACCCAAAGAUCCCUCGUGUAGGGCCGAGGCGGAGGACCAUGAUGGAGGCGUCAGAUCGACAAAUCAUGCACUACGUCCGCCAGCUCUGUGGCGUGGGCACAUGCAACCACUGGGCAGGUCCCGCGAUGCACGCCGCGUCGAUGGGUAUUGCGAUGUUCGGCGACAUAUUCACCGACAAGGCUACGCAAGAGGCCAUGCUCGACAUUCUACGCAAGACGGAGCUCAUCCACGGACGGCCGACGCGGAAAACGCAGUACCAGCUCAUGACGGCGUGGGGUUGGACCGUGUUAUAG